CCUUCUGUUAUCGAAGACCGAUAGACCUCGAUAGACUCAGUUGUAUAACCUCUGCUCGCAAAUAUUUUUUACAGGCAACUAGCAGCUCGAAUUCCGUGCAAAUAAACCUUUAAAAAUGGCUGGCGAAGGCGAGAAACUGACCGGCCUGUCGAAAAUCUUCAAUGGCACCACCAUGAGCGGCCGUGCAAAUGUGGCCAAGGCCACGUACGCCGUGAUGGGCCUGCUGAUCGCCUACCAGGUGCUGAAGCCCAAGAAGAAGUAGAGGGAUGCAACUGCUCCAACGCGGCUACAACUCAUCCGCCACAAUCGAUGUCUUGGAUCCGGGGCCAUCGCUGGACUGCGGAUCAGUUUAUUUUAUGUGUAGUGCAAGACCUUGAAGGAAUAAAUAAGCUGAGAAUGUAACACACUGUACCCACGAAGUGCAUUAUGUAACGAUCCUGCGACUGCCACAUGAUUUGUGGGCAUCACUGCGGUGGAUACCCUAACCACACCGAUCUAUGGGCUGCAAGGUACUCACGGCAAUGCAUACGCAACCGGGCUAAAAGUAAUAAUAAGUGGUUCUAGAAGAGAGAGAGAUUAGCUUGCGUCCAGUGCGGAUAUCACUUGUUAAUUGAGGUUCAGCCUAGCAGUAAGAUGAUGUUCCAUAAUAACCUUCAGUUCAUUCAGAACGUAUGUUCCACUUCUCACAAUAUUACCAGAUAUCUAAUUCCAUGUAUGCUGUCUACUUCUGUGCAGUUCUUAUGCCCCGAAAAUGGAAGCUCUAGUUUUUUGAAUCCAUAACAAAGUUGAACGUAAUGAUCCAAUGAUUGCGGCGCAAGCUACAGCAAAAGAAGAAAUUGAAAAUCGAAAGACAUCUAUGAACACCUUCCAUGAAACCACCUGUUCCAUCUAUCCCAAACUAAAAUCGACGAAUGGAGUAAGCAGUGGUUUUCAUUAGUCUAGCAACACAUCUACCAAACUUCGGGUUCCAUUUCCUUUUUGGUUUUC